AUGACAACGCAAUUAGAUUUAACUCUCGACCCCUUAGAAGAAGUUGGUUUCCGCAAUAAAGCCGAAGAAUGGAUUCGUCGACACAAAUUCCUCCGUACAACGCAUUUCAAUGCGAAAGAACUCGAAUCCCUUUUAUACAUUUAUCACAAAUUACAACGCGACACCUCAGAUCCAUCAAAAAACAUUUCUCGCUUCCAACUAAGCACAAUUUUUCACGUCGUCUUCGGAAUGCCCGACAGCAUCUUGAUGCCUCGCAUCUUUCAUGUCAUCAUCGGAAGUGCAGCAAGUACCGUUCCCGUCACAUCUUGGAUUAAAAUGAUGAACAUUUUCCUGCGUGGCACGUUAGAAGAGCAAAUUGACUAUUGCUUUGCGGUUUACGAUGCUCAGGGUCGGGGCGAAUUGCGACGCGAUCAAAUGAUGAAUUUGCUGCGAAAAAUGUUCUUUCGUCACGAGGAAGAAGAAGUUGAGGAAACUGUCAAGGAUUUUGUCGACAUUAUUUUGAACAUGAUGGAUUUGGAUAAAGAUGGAAAAAUUUCAAAGGCGGAUUUUAAGGAGACUGUCAUGGAGAAACCUUUGAUGUUGGAAUGUUUCGGGCAAUGUCUCCCGGAUCGAGCGCAUACUUAUGCAUUUUUGACGACAUUUACCGAUCGUAUAAAACGAUUUUAGAUGAAAAAAAAAAUAAUAAAAAAAAAUAAAAAAAAAUAAAAUUAAAAUAAAAUAAAAUUAAA